AUGUCGACCCCUGAGCCUAUUGCGAUUGUAGGAGCUGGACCAUCCGGGUUACUACUUGCUGUAUACCUAGAACAGCAUCAUAUACCAGUUGUAGUAUACGAAGGUGAUCCACAUCCUCAUUAUCGACCUCAAGGAGGAUCUUUGGAUCUUCAUGAAGAUACUGGUCUUUUAGCUUUGAAAGAGACGAACCUUUUGCAAGAAGCUAGUGUGAUGAUGAGACAAGAAGGUGAAGCUAUGAAGGUGGCCGAUAAGACUGGUAAAAUAUGGCUAGAUGAAAAUGUCCAAGAGGGUGAAGAAAAGAAAUUCGCUGAGGGGGAUGAAGUCACAGGUAGACCUGAGAUUGAUAGGACUGAUCUCCGCAACUUACUCAUCAACUCACUUUCACCAUCAACUAUUCAGUGGGAUCACAAAAUCAUUUCUGUCAAAGCUAUAAAUCCUUCUUUAUAUCAGAUCGAAUUUCGCAAUAAGCCUUCAAUAACUACGCCUUAUUUGGUCGGAGCGGAUGGAGCAUUCUCACUGAUUCGACCCUUGCUACACAACAUCAAACCAGAUUACUCAGGCAUAUCAAUGUAUGAUCUCAGUAUUUCCCCUGAGAACCUUACGCCUGAGCUGGAAGCUUUUAUUGGCAAAGGCGCCAUGAUGAUGCUAGAUGAUGGAAAAGCAUUCAUGCCUCAAAUGAACUCAAAGAGAUCAUGUAAAGUUUACUUAGCACUCAAAUGUUCUAGAGAAUGGCAAGAUGAAAAUCCCUUACCUGAGUCAGGAAGGAAACAAUGGUUAUGCGAUCUGUUUCAAGAAUGGACACCCAUAACACAUGAAGUCAUAAUGGCUUCCACAGAAGAGACUAUUUAUCCCAGAAGGAUUUGGCAAUUUGAUCCUGAUAUCAAAUGGGAAACAGAUAAGACUGGAGUUACCGUUAUGGGCGAUGCCGCUCAUGUGAUGUCACCAUUUGCAGGGGAGGGUGUCAACCAAGCUCUGGCCGACGCUUUACUCUUGGGUCAAACCUUGGUACCCAUUUUCACCUCGCCUUCCACCAACACCUCAGCCGUUGCACCCUCUCCACAGGCUCUGCAUGAAGCUUUGAGAAGCUUUGAGAAGCAGAUGCUUGCUCGAGCCAAAGAAGAGAUGAUAGGCUCAAAGGAAAACAUGGACAUUUUCUUCGGAGAAGAAGCUGCUCAACAUCUAGCGGAAUUCCUGGCUAAUCGCGGCCAACCACCUUUAGACAUGCACUAG